UGUGUACAAAACACUGCCUUGCUUGAAGGUUUAGUUCAUGUCUUGGCCUAAGUACUUUUGAUAGUGCGCUAAAUUAAAUUUUGUGACACCAUAUAAACAAUGUUUCAGUCCGAUUUAUUUCAAUUCAGUUGUACAUAUAAGCUCGGUUAUAAAAUAACUCUAUUUAAAUAUAUGUGUUAUUAAAUCAGAUCCCAAAAGUAACACAAGGUGAUAAUCAAAGGUUUUUCGUAAUUAUGGAAGUGGAUGUAAUAAAAUGGAACAACAAAGAAGUAGUGGAUUUAUUACAAAGGGACAAAAUUUCCAGCCAUAUAAUCGACGUUUGUAGAUCACAGGAUAUUGAUGGAAAAUGUCUUCUUUCAUUUAUUGAUCGAGAUUUUUAUGAAUAUCCGUUUGACCAACUAAAACUUGGUGAAAGGAAGAGGUUUAUUUUGUUAGUGAAAAAGUUACAAAAGAAAAACCGUGCUUCUAUGUUCGAACUCGGGCUUUGUGAAGAUCCUGUGUUUUACAAUCCAGCUACAAAUAUAAAUUUUCUGGGAACCAAUUUAUCACAUUUAAGUUAUAAUCUGCAUAAUCAAUUGCAGAAUGAACUUUCUUAUAGCAGAAAUACAGAUUGCAUUUCAAAUUUCACACCUGAUGCAAAAGCUUCUAAAUUAAAACCAGAAGUUUGGAAAACAUGUAUAGCUCUUGGAUAUGUUUUUCUGGUGACAUGGGUUACUGCUGUUGUAAUGGUUAUAGUGCAUGAUAAGGUGCCAGAUAUGAAGAAAUAUCCUCCACUGCCAGAUCUUUUCCUUGACAAUGUGCCUCAUAUACCAUGGGCUUUUGAUAUGUGCGAGAUUACUGGAUCUCUGUUGAUGGCAAUAUGGGUGAUAGUGCUUUUCUUCCAUAAGCAUAGGUUUAUAAUUCUACGGCGUUUCUUUGCACUGGCGGGGACUGUGUUCCUGCUGCGUUGCUUCACGAUGCUUAUAACGUCGCUCUCUGUACCGGGGUCCCAUUUGAAGUGCGGGCCUCGUUUCUACCCUCCCGCCGAUGACCUCACCGUGUGGGGGCGGCGGCUCCGGCAGGCUUACGAAAUCUGGAGCGGCGCGGGAAUGUCCGUGCGCGGUGUCCGCACCUGCGGCGACUAUAUGUUCUCAGGACACACAGUUGCCUUAACUCUACUCAACUUCUUUAUCACUGAAUACACAUCACGCAGCUUGUACUUGCUGCACAUCUUGACGUGGGUGAUGAACAUGUUCGGCAUCUUCUUCAUCUUGGCAGCGCACGAGCACUACUCCAUCGAUGUGUUCGUCGCGUUUUACAUCACCUCGCGCCUCUUCCUUUACUAUCACACGCUCUCCAACAAUCAGGCCCUAAUGCAGAACGAUUCUUCCAGGACAAGAAUAUGGUUUCCGCUGUUGUCGUUCUUCGAGUCAGAAGUGGACGGCAUCGUACCUAACGAGUACGAGGGGCCCAUGACCAUCCUGAGCAACCUGCGCCAAUGGCUGCUGCAGCUGGUCACCGACGUCAAGACCUCCUCUAUGGCCAAAAUCGCCGGAUCCAAGCUGCAGGAAGGCGCCGCCAUGGGAGAGUACUCAGUCGUCAAACUGGUCGACGGAAUAAAACGUAACCUGAGUUUGAUCGAAGAGUACAAGAAUUCCCGUCAACGCUUAGUGACGUUAGAUAAAAAUAUACAAGCGACGAUGCUCGAGGAGCUCCCGGAGGCCGAGCUGCGGCUGCGAGCCGCGCCCGGACUGCGGGCGGAGCGCCCUCGGCCCCCGGGCGACGCCCCGCCCCCGCCUGAGCCCGCGCCACCGCCCACACACAAGAAGACUAUAUGA